AUGAUAAAUAAUUCAUUUCGUAAAACACUUGUUGGAUAUCUCCAUCCAUUUGGUUGGCUCUCGACAUAUUAUAAUAUGUCCACUUCACCUCAUUCUGAAUCUAUUUCUCCCAGAGUAAGGAUCAUGCGUCCAUCAAAACAAAAAUUUAAUAUUUCUUUUAAAGAAUUUGCAAGGCAUUGUGAACGCCUCAAAUAAGAUAAAAUUUCAGAUAUCAAAAAACAAAUUUAAUUGAUUCCAGCAGCUAAUCUUAAUGAAAUUUAGGACUUUGUUAAUUCAAAUAAGAUAGAAGGAAAAAUUAACAAUAUUGUAAAAGAUUUUCAAUUUCUUCCUGCAGAAUAUUAAUAAAUUCUAAUCUCAAAAAAUAUAAUAGCACCUACUCCUAUAUAAAAAGCUAUUAUUCCUUUAAUAUUAGAAGGAAGAGAUGUGAUUGCCAUUGCUGAAACUGGAUCUGGAAAAACUUUAGCAUAUGCUCUCCCAGGAAUAAUUCAUUGUCAAGCACAACCAAAGGUACAUGGUCCAAGAAUUUUAGUCCUUGCCCCUACAAGAGAAUUAGCAUAAUAGAUUUAAACUCAAUAUGAACUUUUUACUAGAACUUGCUGUGUUUAUGGAGGAGUUUUCAAGAAUUUAUAAUAUAGUGAAAUAUUAGGUAUUAAAGAAUCAAGAAAUAAAAUCAAUCUACCCUCAGUAAUAAUUGGUACUCCUGGAAGAUUAUUAGAUUUUAUGAAAGAUGGUUUGACUUUGAAAUCAAUUACUUAAGUAGUGUUAGAUGAAGCUGAUAGAAUGUUAGAUAUGGGAUUUGAGGAAUAAAUUAAAUAAAUUCUAUAAGCAGUUAGAGAAGAUAGAUAAACAUUAUUUUUCAGUGCUACUUGGCCAAAUGAAGUCUAAAGAUUGGCUAAUUCAUUAUGUAUUUAAGAUCCUAUUCUCUUAUAACUUGGAGAAUAAGGAUUAUCAGUCAAUAAAAAUAUAUAAUAAGAAGUCAUUAUUAUUUAUGAAAAUAAAUUUGAACAAUUUGUUGAAUUAACAGAAAGAUUAAAGGGAUAAAAAUUACUUAUUUUUUGUUAGAAGAAGAUAGACACUUAAAAAUUAGAGUAUCGUUUAUCAUUACACGGAUUGAAAGCUAGAUAUUUACAUGGUGAUUUAAAACAAGCUGAAAGAGACUUUAUUAUGGAUGAUUUUAAGACCGGAGCUAUCAAUUGUUUGAUCACAACAAAUUUAGCAUCUAGAGGUUUGGAUGUUUCUGAUGUUGAUGUUGUUGUAAGUAUUCUCAUUUGAUUAUAGAUUAAUUAUGAUUUCCCAGACAAUAUUGAAGACUAUAUUCAUAGAAUUGGAAGAACUGGCAGAGCUGGCAAAAGAGGAUUGGCCAUUAGUCUUUUAGAACCAGCAUAUAUUAAUAAUAGACUUAAAAAUGAUUUGGUUUAAGUUCUUUAAUAAUCUGACUAAGUAAUCCCUUAAGAGUUAUUUAACUUAAGGUUAUGA